UCACAUUUUAAAGAAAAAAAACAAGCCCAGCAGCCAGCCGGUGUGAGCCGGCUCCAGCUUCAUGUGGGGGUUGUUUCUUUUUUAUUGAAUCGAUAUUUAAGUACGUUUUUUUUAUCUGUUUUUUUGAACCCCACGGGGUUAAGCAAAGGAGAUGAGGGGACUCCUGCCGUUUUUCCGGGGCCUUCUCACCGUCAGUAACCGUCAAGCCAAGCGAAAGGCUGGGAUUGUCGGUUCUCGGUGCGGGCUUUGCGGAACUCAGUCUGGGAACAAGCCACAGCCAAGAUUUGGGCUGCUGUUUGACAUCGAUGGCGUGCUUGUCCGGGGUAGGAUGCUUAUUCCUGCAGCCAAAGCGGCUUUUGAGAAGUUGGUGGACUCUCAGGGACAGUUUGUGGUGCCAGUUGUUUUUGUCACUAAUGCAGGGAACUGUCUCAGACAAACAAAAGCAGACCAGCUCUCUCACAUCCUGGGAGUGCCUAUUACACAAGACCAAGUCAUCAUGUCCCAUAGUCCCCUGAGGAUGUUCAAGAAAUUCCACGAAAAAUGUGUCCUGGUGUCGGGACAAGGGCCUGUUCUGGAAAUUGCUAAAAAUUUGGGGUUUAAGAAUGUCAUCAGCAUUGACAUGGUGAGGGAGUCGUACCCGCUGCUGGAUAUGGUGGAUCAUAACAGACGACCCAAACUGCCGUCCAGUCCUAUAGUAAACCUUCCUAAAGUUGAAGCUGUGGUUUUGUUCGGUGAGCCAAUCCGAUGGGAGACAAACCUGCAGCUGAUAAUUGAUGUUCUAUUGACCCAUGGUAACCUCAACAGUCCUCACCAACCCCAUGCGUUACCCCACCUCCCUCUUUUGGCCUGCAACAUGGACCUAAUGUGGAUGGCAGAGGCGAACUCUCCAAGGUUUGGCCAUGGGACAUUUCUUGUGUGCUUGGAGAAUAUCUUUAAGAAGAUUACUGGCACAGACCUGAAGUAUGAGGCCCUCAUGGGAAAGCCCAGCGAGCUGACCUAUCAUUUUGCAGAGUAUCUCAUCAGAAGCCAGGCCAUGCAGAGGCAAUGGAAACUUCCCAUCACUUCCCUUUAUGCUAUAGGCGAUAACCUCAUGACUGAUAUAUAUGGGGCCAAUCUGUACAAUCGCUUCCUUGAGGAGAGAGUUGCUAGAAAGAACCCCAAAGCUGUUGCCAAGGUGGCUGCUGCCACUGGGUCCAGUGCCGCCAUGCCUGGCGGGGAAGAAGAGAUCGACAGCAUGUGGGAAAAUGAGCUUGCUCUGCCCUCUGCCACUUCCUGUAAGUCCGUUCUAGUUUGUACAGGGGUGUACAACCCCAACGCGGAGGUCCCGUCCGACGCAAGCCGCUGCAUCAAAGAAACUGUAUUUCACGGUCACCGGGACUUCAGGUUUGACCCGGCGCUGGUGGAGCCAGACCACAUCGUGCAGGACGUGGAGGAAGCCGUGGAGCUCAUCUUCCAGCAGGAAAAGUUUGUGCCUCAGUAGAGAUUCUGGUCCGAUCAGGUUCCUUUGCCGUUCGAGUACACAUUGUAACGGCAUAAAUCUGGGAUCGCACCACUUAAUGCAGGAAACAGUUGGGAGUGCAUCACUGUGGACAUUGAGUAAAUAACUGACAGACAGGGCAUUAAGAUAACAUAGCUUAUCUUCUAACAUUCAUGAAGACAAAUGUAAGAGAAUCAAUUAACUGUGACCAUUAUUUGGUUUUGUUAUCAUCUUUAACUUUGUUGUUCGUAAGAGACGUGUUCUAGCUGCCUUAUGUGACCCUGGUUAUUUUUUAGAUGAUCAGAAGUUAAAAAGUACAAACCAUGAAGCCGUCCUCGUAUUCCAGAAGUUCGUCUGUGUUUUAGAAGAGGAUAGUCUGAGAACAUUCGCUGUCAUGAUUUCCUUUUCAGUCCUUUGUUCACUCAGUUAACCCUUUAAGAUCUAUGCAUGAACACGACGAGUAGUUUUAAUGUAAUAACAACAGUUUGAUGUGCAAUACCGUUCUUUCAGAUGAGUCGUCUAUCCACAUUUUGUGUUGCUGUGAAAGCCAUAACCAAUAUUUGCACAGAUCUUUUACGUUUGU